AGGAAGGGCAACACGCUGCUCCUGCAGCACCUGAAGCGGAUCAUCUCGGACCUCUGCAAACUCUACAACCUUCCGCAGCAUCCCGACGUGGAGAUGCUUGACCAGCCGCUGCCCGCGGAGCAGAAUACCCAGGAAGAAGUGUCCUCCGAAGAGGAAGACGAGGAAAUGCCAGAGGACACGGAAGAGCUGGACCACUAUGAAAUGAAGGAGGAAGAACCCGUGGAAGGAAAGAAGGCGGAAGAUGACGGCAUCGGCAAGGAAAACUUGGCCAUUCUUGAGAAAAUCAAAAAGAAUCAGAGGCAAGAUUACUUAAAUGGGGCGGUGUCUGGGUCCGUGCAGGCCACCGACCGGCUGAUGAAGGAGCUCAGGGAUAUCUACCGAUCGGCAAGUUUCAAAGGUGGAAACUAUGCAGUUGAACUAGUGAACGAUAGCCUCUACGACUGGAAUGUGAAACUCCUGAAGGUGGAUGAGGACAGCGCCUUGCACAGCGACCUGCAGAUUCUGAAAGAGAAAGAGGGGACCGACUUCAUUCUUCUCAACUUUACCUUUAAGGAUAACUUCCCCUUCGACCCCCCCUUCGUAAGAGUGGUAGUGGUGUCUCCUGUGCUCUCUGGAGGGUACGUCUUGGGCGGAGGAGCGAUCUGUAUGGAGCUUCUGACAAAGCAGGGCUGGAGCAGCGCUUACUCGGUGGAAUCUGUGAUCAUGCAGAUAAGUGCCACCCUGGUCAAAGGCAAAGCCAGGGUCCAGUUUGGCGCAAACAAAAAUCAGUACAGCUUGACAAGAGCUCAGCAGUCCUACAAAUCCCUAGUCCAGAUCCACGAGAAGAACGGCUGGUACACGCCCCCCAAGGAA